AUGGAAAAAGUUUACCACAGCGAUGAGCAACAAAAGAACUGGAAAAAAACGAAUAAGCCAAACAGUGGAAACGCUACCAUUUUAAAGAAAAGUGAGCUUGUCGUUCAGAGAUUGACUUCUGAUGUACAGGGAAAGGCCCAGAAGUACGCAAAAGUAGGACCACACGAGUUCGUUUCCCCCACGAGACUGUCACAAUCAAGAAUCUCAAAGAAGCUUGUCACAAGCAUUUUAAAUCAAGAAUCGGUGAUGAUAUGGUGGGCGAUAUCCUAGCAGGAGAUCAAGGACCAUCAUGUUCUUAUGUGGAGCAAAUCUCUAGCUUCAAUGUCAUUCAUGUCUGUUUUGUGGCAGCCAAUCAUGAAGACCCCACCCACUCCAGUCAUGAUUCUUGCCCCUGGGAAGUUGAUACUGUCAGCAGCUGUCCAACCGAGGUACAUUAAUAGAAAGAACGAGGUACAUUAAUAGAAAGACCACUGGAGGAGUGCUAAGGAAACAUUGUCGUACCCAAAAAGUCUGUCUGUUCUGGAAAUGCUGAAGCUGGGAACAGUCAUAAAAGGUACGUCGACUUCUUUUGAUUUGUACGAGUUCAACGUCCAGACAAUGACCUGGACCACUAAGCCAAUAAAAGAAGAGUUUGUUGUGGAGGAAGAUGUAUUUGGUGUUGGUGGGUUUCGGGAGAUAUUUAAAGCCACAGUAGCCAACAGUAGCACUGCUGAGUUCUCAGAUACAACUCGGGUCAUAAAGAAGUAUUUGCCAGGAGCUCUCACAGUCAUUGAUAUAACAAAACAGACUGUUGAGGAACACACAAAAAAGUGGUUCAAAUGCAUAUGUUGGCAAAGAACUUGGCAGAACAGCUGA